AGCAGCUAGGCAUCGCGUCGCUGCCGGUGAUGCGCCUGCGCCAGUCUGCGGACCGGACCGUGGACGAGUGGUUCCCGGUCGUCGUCGACCACCAGCCACCCAGGGCGCACCUGCGGCUGAUCCUGCACUUCAGGCAGCAGAGCAAGCGUGGCGGUGACGAGCCAGAGAGCUCCGUUGUUCCCGAGUGUUUCAGGAGCCGGUACUGCGAGCUGACCAGGCAGUGCGAGCCACUCCCGACGUCUCCGACGAGCGACCUCUCGAAGGCGACCAGCUUGCUGGAGGCUCUGAGCGGGUGCACGGCGGGGCCGCCGUCGAGGCCCGCACCAGCACAGAGGCUCCCGGAGGUGGCGGCGCAGCCCGACGGCGCGGCGGCUCUGCGAGCGGAGCUGGUGGAGCGCUUGGAGCAGUGCCGCGCGGCGGUGGGUGCCCCGCGUGCGGCUCGGGGCGGCCGGCAGGCCACGACGGGCGCCAGCGACGAGGAGCUCUCCGACGGGGACGCCGUGCUCAGCGACGAGCCGUGCAGGCAGCUGCAGGGUCAGAACGCGGCCAUGGAGCGCGAGCGGGAGGAGCUGCAGGAUCACUGGAACGCGCUGCGGAGGGAGCGUGAGACGAAGCUCGAGGCGCUCGAGCAGAGCAAGAUCGCGCUGGCCGAGGCGAGGGACACGGCGAGGGCGCUGGAGACCGAGGCAGCCAAGGCCACGGAGGAGCUCAAGGGCGCUCAGCAGGAGGCGGCCGAGCAACUGUUGGGGAGGCGGCGCCUGCAGAGGGAGAUGGAGGCGUGCGCGGAGGCGUUCCAGGAGGAGAUCUCGGCCCAGCGCAGCUCGGGGGAGCUGCUCCGGCAGAAGCGAGCGGGGCUGCGGGAGGCAGCCGUGGGCUUGGGGCAGGAGCUGCAGGCCUGCGUGGGCACCGGCGACCUGCUCGUCGCGGAGGGCCUGGAGCUGGCCGGCGAGGCCGCGGCAUUCAACAGCGAGUGUGCCGAGCUGCAGGGGAGGCGGGAGAGGCUGGACGAGAGCGAGGCGAUGCGGGAGGCCGUGGCCCUCUGCGAGAGACUGCAGGCGGAGCAGUGGACCGCCUGCGGCGAGGCGGACUGCGCGGGCGCCGAGGCGGCCGAAGAGCGGCGGAGGCUGACGGCACUGCUGGACCAGCAGAGCCGGCAGUUGCUGGUGCUACGCCAGGCCGCGGCGCGCCUGACAGGGGAGGCCGGUUCCCCGAGCCUUUGCGCGGACGGCCCGGCGGUGCCAGCGCAGACGCCGCCGUUGCGGCGCCCGCCACCAUCGGCUGACAGAAGCCCGCGGAGCUGCCCCGGCUCCUGGGAUAGCCCCACGGGCGCGGGAGACGAUGGUCGGCAUCUUCCUUCUCCGUGCCAGCCAGGGGCCGCCGCCUCGUGUAGGACCAGCGGCCCCGGCAGGCCAUGAGAGCAUCGGGCCGCGCGGCCCGUCCUCCGCCAGCCGAUCCGCAGCGGACAUGCUCACACGACCUCCUCCUCGUCCUCCUCCUCCUCCUCCUCCUCCUCCUCCUCCUCCUCCUCCUUGGGUGACUUGCUCCAGGGGUCUUCAGGCUCGCUUCGAUGGGGCCCUCGCAGCGCGCCGUGG